GUCCGAUAUGUCUAGGGUUUCAUUCUAUGGGAUUGUCGUGUACGAUUUUACAAAAAACAAAGUCUGGUUUUGGCAUGUUUAUCGUCGCAUUUUUCGAUAAGUUCGCUGCCAGCUAAUUAUGGGAGCUGAAGCCAAGCAGAGGUAUUCGCUUUAUUUGAGGUUACCAGUUAAAAUUAAAGACGAACACCAAAUAAGAGAGUUGGAUCCCAACAUAUCCAUCGUCCAUUUGCCCAGACAGAAGUCGCGUCGUUGGUGCAUAAUCGAUUUUGACAGCAAAAAGCAACUCGAUAAGGGUAGACAGGCGCUGCAAGUCUUAAAGAUCAACGGUAAAAGAGUGAAAGUGAGAGAUUUCCGGAUACCACCCCCAAAACGCAACUACGUGAGGCUCGAGUCGGCCAACUAGAAUUCGUCACGCAUUUGUAAAUAGAAUUUUGUAAUUAGUGUAGGCUUGUUAAUAAAUAUGAGGGACUUUAUCGGGAACCCCAUGGAGCAGGAGUAUGAUAACGAAGACAGCAUGGACGAGUUUGAACCCAUUAUCGUCAUGGACUUUGUAAACAGGGGCAGACAAUUGAUUCCCGCCGAAGAAGAAGAGGACGAUGAAGAAUAUGAUCCAAAUUUUGAAUUGUACGGAUCAGAUCAGGAGGUUGAUUGGACCGACGACGGCGCGGACUUCGAAGAUAAUGGCGACGAAUCCCUUGAAUACCACGUGACAUUUUCCGAGGAAGAAGACACCACCGAUGAAUUGGAAUAUGUCACAUAUGACCUUGACGUCGACCAGGAGGACGAUACCGACGGAUCUAAUAUGUCGAACGGCUCAGCAUCAGAUGAUGACUUCAUUUGAACCAGAACAGUCCCAUUGCGUUUUUGUUGGAUUUCUUUGUGUUAUUUUUAUAUUAGUGUUUUUUUUCUGUCUCGGGUAAAAUCUUUAACUUUGAAAACAAAGGAGAUUUUUUUUUGCGUUAGCGAAAUUAGCAUGGCGGGAUAAUCGGCAUCGCGUCUAACCGCGGUGACGUCAUAAUGUGGCAAAGCUCGUUCUUGCCAUACGCGUGAACCUGAUUUUGGAAUUAGUGGUCUGAGGUUGUAGACGUUCUUUACCAAACAUUACGUGUGGGCGAGUGACGUUGGCUCUGAUGCCCAAUUUUAUGUUGUGUAAGAAGAUGAAAUAGUCCUUCAGUUAUGGAACCAAUCAAUUUAGACUGUGAUGUUGUUAUUGUGUGGUGCAGGGCGAGUUUAUUUUGUGGAUUUUUUGAGAGUAAUUAUUUGUCCGGUUAUGUUAGGGCGGCUGGGAACACAUCAUUGAACAUCAAAUUUCCGUGGCGCGCACGAAAAUGUUUAGACUGGUACUGAUCAUACUUUAUUUGUGUUUGGUGUUGACUCAUUGUGAGAUUUUGAACACAAUCGUGCUGGAUUUGCCUUACUCAUCCCCUUAUGCCGCCACCGUCAACAAGACUGUCGAAUACAUACUAAUAUUUUCAGGCGGAAGCGAGGUUGUGCCGUCCCGGGUGACGGUUUUGUCUGAAAACGCGACCUCAGAUGCCCCGUUGAUGAUUGUCGCUGCGCAGCCGAAAAAUUUACUGUCUUGGAAUUUGCCGAUGUCGGUGGAGAGCAGUCAUGGCGUUCAACGUUACAUGACAUCGUCGCGGACCCUGUGCCUCGACAUGUUUAAAAAUUUGCGCGCAACCAACCGUUAUCCUAUAGUGACGAUAUCUACCGCAUCCGAACGUAAUGUAAAUUUCGUGGUUGUGGUGGAUUCGAAGGAAGACUUUCAGUUGCUACACUCGGUGGAGUACAACAUUACCAUAUCGCCGAGCGAGCCUCAGUAUUUCUUCUAUAACUUCACGACGAAUCUGACGGACGACGAGUCGAAUUUCGACACCGUCAUUUUGAUGGUCACGUCGCAGGAUUCGAUCUGCACGGUCGUCAGUAUUCAGAACGUUAGCUGUCCGGUGUUUGAUCUGAACGAGGACAUCACGUUUCGCGGGUUCUACGAAACUUUCGAUAUGAGGGGUGGUAUCACGAUACCGAAGGACAAGUUCCCGUACGGGUUUUUCGUGGUGUUUGUCGCGAAGGCGGACGACUCGCAGUGCUCGCAAACGCCCACGAUCCCGUCCAGCGACAAUCGCACCAAAUCGAUCACAGUCGAGAUAAAACCGAGCAUCAGUUACAAAGACUACACGAAUGCCGUCAUAUGGACGCUGUGCUCGAUCGGAGCGUUCUACGUCGUGUUCGCCAUCGCGUUCGCGCUGUGCACGCGCCGUUGCUGGGAACCGCGCCGGCUCGAGUACGCCGAGGCAGUAGUGCCAACGAAUUCAGAUGCGGCGCAAACCAGGAGCCUCGCGGGCAGCGAGGACAGCGAGUCCAUCGACGAGGUCGACUCCCAGCGUAAUUUCCCGUACGACCGCGAGACGAGGCGCUGCAAAAUUCAACCCUGCCUCGAGGACCUCGCGUUGCGUCAUCCCCGCAUACUCGCCAAAAAAAGUUAUCUCUACCUGUACAACGUGCUGACGGUGGGACUGUUUUACGCGUUGCCGGUCGUCCAGCUCGUCGUCACGUACCAGGGCGUGCUCAACGAAACCGGUCAGCAGGACUUGUGCUACUACAAUUUCCUGUGCAGUCACCCGUUGGGUGUGCUUAGCGAUUUCAACCACGUGUUCUCGAACGUCGGCUACGUGCUGCUCGGACUGCUGUUCCUCGCCAUUACGUUCUUCCGGGAGAGGACCCACUGCGACGACGCCGACUUUGACAGGCACUACGGCAUCCCGCAACACUAUGGGUUGUUUUACGCGAUGGGCGUGGCCCUGAUCAUGGAGGGGGUGUUGAGUGGCAGUUACCACGUGUGCCCGAGCCAGUCGAACUUCCAGUUCGAUACGAGUUUCAUGUACGUGAUGGCAGUGUUGUGCAUGAUCAAGCUAUAUCAGAACCGCCAUCCGGACAUUAACGCCAACGCUUACGCCACGUUCGGUGUAUUGGCGGUCGCCAUCUUGUUGGGCAUGAUCGGUCUCUUCGAAGGAACGGAGAGUUUUUGGAUGUUCUUCGCCGUCGUUCACAUACUGUCGUGCCUCUACCUAUCGUUGAAGGUGUACUAUAUGGGUUGCUGGAGUAUAAGUACCACGUCGCUGACUAGGAUGUGGCAUACGCUGAGGCACGACUUCUCGUCAGGACCGCUGAACGUAUUCGUACCGUCUUACAAGGCUCGUUUCUGCGUGCUGCUGUUCGCCAACGCUUGCAACUGGGCUUUGGCGUACGUCGCCGUCCAAUACCGCCCCCAAAACUUUGCCGUCUUCCUCCUACUCGUGUUCAUGUCGAACACGUUGCUAUACUUUAUCUUUUACAUCGUGAUGAAGUAUGUCAACAAGGAACGGGUCAGGAUCGUCUGUUGGAUCUUCUUGAUCGCGUCUACCCUCUGCGCGAUCUCCGCGAUGUACUUUUUCCUGCACAAGUCGAUCUCUUGGUCGGCGACUCCUGCGAAGUCGCGACACUUUAACACGGAAUGUACACUGCUGCGAUUCUACGACUACCACGAUGUCUGGCACUUUUUGAGUGCCGUCGGUAUGUUCUUCACGUUCAUGGUGUUGCUGACCCUCGACGACGACAUCUCCCACACGCACCGCAGUCGGAUAUCGGUAUUUUGA